GGUUGCGUUAACACGUGAGUUGUCGCUGCAGUGAAAAUGUCAACAAACGGCAUCAUAACCACCGGAGAGGAGGAUGAAGAGUUUCUGACUUUCUUGGCUUUGCACUCCGCUCCGCUGCAGUCCACCGGUCUUCCCCAAAUUUACUGGCGAAGUCUUCAUCACAAACUUUCCAACGAGAUCUACGAUGGAGGGGAGUUUUUUGGGAUCAUGCAGGUCCAAGACGAUGAAGAGGGAAAUGAGGAAGAAGAAGAGAGAAAGGACAAUCCUGGACGAGUAAUCAGCUGUAAAGUUGUGGUGACGUGUGAGAAUGGACUGCAGGCUUCUGAUGCCAACAGUGUGUUUCUGGUGGACCAUGCCUGGACAUACCAUGUUUGCACAGCCCGGGAGCAGCUGGAACAGAUUCCUGGUCUGCUGCACAGAAUGGCCUCACUGAUGGGGGUGGACUUCCAUGGGGAGGCCCCAGACCCUGACGUGGUAGAGCUGGUCCUGGAGCGCAUGUGGAAGUACAACCAGACUUAUCAGCUCUCCCAGGGGACAGCAGAACAAAAGGUCCCAGUCUGGUACAUAAUGGAUGAGUUUGGAUCUCAAGUCCAACACUCUGAUCAGCCGAGCUGCUGCAUGGCUCCAUUCUUCUCGCCCCAGACUCAACUAGCUUACACUCUGCUGUGGCCUCUGAGCGACCUACAGGAAGGAGAUGAAGUAACUCGGGAUUAUGCAUAUGGAGAGACAAAGCCUCUUGUGAGGAUGUGUCGUUUGCUUCCGUGGAUACCAGCCGAUUUAUCAGAGGUCAGCAGCAGUACCACUGAGCCUGAGGACAUUUACUAUGAGAACAUUGCUCAGGAGAACAAGGAGAAGUUACCAGUGGAAAUCCAACCUCACACUCUUUCCAAGGACCAAGCAUUGAAGGUUUACUCUGUGAUGUCUCAGGUGAUCAAUAACCUGAACCAUCCUCGUUUCCAAAUAACAGAAGAGGAGGACAAGGCCGAUAUCAUCUGGAGCUAUGAUCCAAUUAAAGACUACAGGAAGCUAAGUGAAGAGCGGCCACAUGUCAUGCUGAACCAGUUUCCAUGCGAGUGUCUCGUCACCGUGAAGGACUGUCUGGCUGCCAUGGCUCGGCGUGCGAAUGCUGGAUCAUCUCCGGACUGGCUACCGGAGACAUUUAACCUCCAGACGGAGCUGCCGCAGUUCAUUAAGAAUUACUCGGACCGGCAGCAGAGGGGCGAGGACAAUCACUGGAUCUGCAAACCCUGGAAUCUGGCCCGAGGCCUCGACACUCACAUCACCAACAACCUGGAUUAUAUCAUCAGACAGAGGGAAAGCACACCAAAGGUGGUGUGCAAGUACAUCGAAAAUCCUGUGCUGUUCAACAGGGAAGAAGUGGGGCUGGUCAAGUUUGACUUUCGCUACAUGCUCAUGUUGCGCUCUGUGAAACCGCUUCGGCUCUACGCCUACAAUGUCUUCUGGCUGCGCUUUGCUAACAGACCUUUCUCCCUGGACCACCUAGACGACUACCAGAAGCACUUCACAGUCAUGAAUUACGCAGAAGGGGUGGAGCUCAAGCAAAUUCACUACGAUGAUUUCAUCCCCAUGUUUGAGCAGCAGAACCCGCAGCAUCCAUGGAAGGAAGUGGAAGCAGAUGUGUUCAAAGCUCUUGGCCAGCUGUUCCAGGCCGCUUCCUCACGACCCCCUCCGUACGGCAUCUGUCCAUACCCCUCAUCUCGGGCGAUCUACGCUGUGGACUUGAUGCUAAAGUGGAGUACUGGGGACAAUGGCCAGCGGACCAUGACGCCGCAGAUCCUGGAGCUGAACUUCAGCCCAGACUGUGCACGAGCAUGCCUCUACCACCCUGACUUCUACAACCACAUGUUCCAGACUCUGUUCCUAGACCAACCGGAGGACUGUCCUGUGACACAAAUCAUUUAGUAUGGCUCUCCUUCUCUUCUUCUCCCUCCCCCCCAAUUUCCUCUGGUGGACAAAAAGUCCCUCUGUUCUUCCACAUUUCACUGCAACUGAGAAUUGUUGGAUCUACACUGGUUUUUGCGAAGAUAAAAUGAAAUGAAACAUC